GGGAGGAUGGAGCAAUUUAGUAGUCGCGUUGGAGUCAGUGUGUAGUGGCCCCGGGCUCCUCCUCUCUCCUGUGUGUUGCCCUCCGGCUGGUCCGCACUCCACACUCGUACUCUUUCACGGUGAUUACUCGUCAUCACUCACACUACGGCGGUGUUCACUCACACUGCGGCGGUAAAAGAGGCACAUUAAACGUGAGGUCAUUUAACAGAACGAUGGUGAACGGUAUUAAACAGUAACGUCGUUUACUAGUAAAAGUCUAAUUUUUGACGGUUAGCGACGGUGACAACCGACUUAACGAACGUUUAAAAAGCGAAUGAUGUGUAAUUAGCCGAGGACAGUUUAGUACAACGGCGGCCGUUAAUGUCAACAAACAGGGAACAUCGGCAAACAGGGAACGCCGAUCGAAAAAAACACAUCAACAUACACAACCGAAAAAGGAAACAGAGAACGUUGAUGAAAGAGUAACAACAGACAGGAUAAACAGGAUCAAACAGGAACGGAGACGCCCAGAGAGCAUAAGGUAACAUAAAGACGUAGUGUAUAUAGUGAACGGCAAGAAUUACGUUCAGUACCGAGCAGUUACUCGUCAACACCUCCACAUUACCUUCCCAGUACUUUACUUACAUUAACCUAGUUACACUUCCAGCACCAGUGAACGGCCGGUGAACAGUGAAACUCAGUGAACACGAAGCAACGAGUAACUGUGAACGAUGAACAGUGUAUGAGUUUAAUAGACUCAGGAAAAAGACUUAAUGAGAUUGAGGAGCAACAGUAAACAGAGCAACAGAAGUGCAGGACGGAGCGCUGAACCAGACAACAGUAGGGCCCAUAUCAACCCACCCAGGCUGCGGCGGUGCUGUGGCGGACGGGCGGCGGUGCUGUGGCGGACGGGCGGCGGUGCUGAGGCGGACGGGCGGCGGUGCUGUGGCGGACGGGCGGCGGUGCUGAGGCGGACGGGCGGCGGUGCUGAGGCGGACGGGCUGCGGUGCUGAGGAUGACGAUGGCGGCGGAGAAGAGCAACCUGCUGAGCUCCAUCCCCCGGGUGAAGCUGUGGGUGGUGCUGGUGCUGACGCUGGUGUUCACGGUGGUGCUGCUCGGCGCCUCCCACCUCACACACUCCCUCACCCUCAGGGUGGAGGCCUACCACACCCUCUACAACCUGCUCUCUCUCAUUGGCUGCCUUCUCACCAUGAAGCUGUGCUCUGGGCCGCAGUCUCUGCACAACACAUUCGGGUGGGCGCGGCUGGAGGUGCUCUCCAUGCUGACCACUCAGCUCUUCCUCACCGCCCUCUGCUUCAGCGCCGCCAUCGACUCCGUCCAGACGGCCGUGCACGUCGGCCACCAGGACGCGAUGCACCAUCCACUGAAGGUGAUGGCGCUGGGAGCUGUGGGCGGCGGCCUCAACGCCCUCGUCUUCUGUCUUAUUGGAGGCUACACCCACCACCAAGGCUGCUUCCUGGAGAUGCGGGACUCAGGGAGCGUGUGGGUGGGGCGGCAGGUGACGCAGGAGGCGGUGCAGGCCGGCCGCCGGAUGCUCUCUUCCAGCAACCUGCGGGCCGGAUCGUCCAGGCCUAUUAGCAGGAUCCGGCAGGUCAUCAAUGAGGUCCUCAGAGACAACUGUGGUCUGGUGAUGGUGGAGGUGUGCGCUGCUGUCGUGUACUGGGACGACGGAGGCACGGUAGCCCUCUAUAUAGACCCAGCCUUGGCCGUCACCUCCGCCGCCCUUCUCAUGUGGUUUAGUUACCCAUAUGGGCGGGAGUGUUGCCACAUCUUGCUGCAGACCAUCCCGGGCCACAUCGACGUGGAGGCCUUCCAGGUGAGGAUCCUGGAGCAGUUCCCAGCCGUGGUCAACAUCCAUCACCUCCACAUCUGGACCUUCACCCCCACCAAGGUGGUGGCGACGGCCCACGUCGUCUUCAAGAACCCUCGCGUGUAUCUCUCCGUCAAAGACAUCCUCAGAGACUUCUUCGUCGACGAGGGCGUCACACAGGUGACGCUACAGCCGGAGUACAUGACGAGGGAGCCCGGGGCGUCACCAGAGGACGGUGUGUGCCUCCUGCGUUGUGAGGACCAAGACUGCCACGAGAGGGAGUGUUGCCGCUCCUGCCCCCACCACCCACUCCUCCUGGGCGUCUCCACCCACGGUGAAGUUUCCUCGCAGUCAAAAGACUCGCCUUGUGAGGCUGGGACGUGCGUGUGUGGAUCACGGGACGGCGUGUGUGGAUCACGGGAUGGCGUGUGUGGAUCAGGGAACGGCGUGUGUGGAUCAGGGAACGGCGUGUGUGGAUCAGGGAACGGCGUGUGUGGAUCACGGGAUGGCGUGUGUGGAUCAGGGAACGGCGUGUGUGGAUCAGGGAACGGCGUGUGUGGAUCACGGGAUGGCGUGUGUGGAUCACGAGACGGCGUGUGUGGAUCAGGGGACGGCGUGUGUGGAUCACGGGACGCCAAGCAGGGGGCUGAGGAUGCUGUGAACGAAUCAUGCAGAGGAGCGAGUGAGCCAGAAGAUGGUAGACAGAUCAAACAUUCGUCAGACGACGGUCGGUGUCAGACCUACAUCUUCCCCUGCUUGCCUGACAGCCCAGGCGACCAAGCGUCUGUCACGAAGCCUACUACUACUGACCAACACACCCAGGGCAGCCUAGUCAAUGACGCUCCAAGUCAACACUCCAAGGAGCACCUAGCCACGGACGGUCCCACGCUGUGCCCCAAGAAACACCUAGCCAAGGACGGUCCCACGCUGUGCCCCAAGGAACACCUAGCCACGGACGGUCCCACGCUGUGCCCCAAGGAACACCUUCUUCCGCCAGAAGAAACAUAGAGACUACUGUACACAUUACCAGUCAGGACUUGUCGGCAGGUUACAAUACACUUGACUGAACUCCACACCUGUCAGCACAUUUAUGUUAAUGGUGAAUUUAUAAUUUGCCGAACUCACAUCAGCAGAGUUUUGCUGUGUUGAGCUCACAUCAGCAGAGUUUUGCUGUGUUGAGCUCACAUCAGCAGAGUUUUGCUGUGUUGAGCUCACACCAGCAGAGUUUUGCUGUGUUGAGCUCACAUCAGCAGAGUUUUGCUGUGUUGAGCUCACAUCAGCAGAGUUUUGCUGUGUUGAGCUCACAUCAGCAGAGUUUUGCUGUGUUGAGCUCACACCAGCAGAGUUUUGCUGUGUUGAGCUCACACCAGCAGAGUUUUGCUGUGUUGAGCUCACACCAGCAGAGUUUUGCUGUGUUGAGCUCACAUCAGCAGAGUUUUGCUGUGUUGAGCUCACAUCAGCAGAGUUUUGUUGUGUGUUGAGCUCACACCAGCAGAGUUUUGCUGUGUUGAGCUCACAUCAGCAGAGUUUUGCUGUGUUGAGCUCACACCAGCAGAGUUUUGCUGUGUUGAGCUCACAUCAGCAGAGUUUUGCUGUGUUGAGCUCACACCAGCAGAGUUUUGCUGUGUUGAGCUCACAUCAGCAGAGUUUUGCUGUGUUGAGCUCACAUCAGCAGAGCUUUACUGAGGCUUGAGCUCACACCAGCAGAGUUUUGCUGUGUUGAGCUCACACCAGCAGAGCUUUACUGAGGCUUGAGCUCACACCAGCAGAGUUUUGCUGUGUUGAGCUCACAUCAGCAGAGUUUUGCUGUGUUGAGCUCACAUCAGCAGAGUUUUGUUGUGUGUUGAGCUCACACCAGCAGAGCUUUACUGAGGCUUGAGCUCACACCAGCAGAGCUUUACUGAGUCUUGUGCUCACACCUGCAGAGCUUUACUGUGUCUUGAGCUCACACCAGCAGAGCUUUACUGAGUCUUGAGCUCACACCAGCAGAGCUUUACUGAGGCUUGAGCUCACACCAGCAGAGCUUUACUGAGGCUUGAGCUCACACCAGCAGAGCUUUACUGAGGCUUGAGCUCACACCAGCAGAGCUUUACUGAGGCUUGAGCUCACACCAGCAGAGCUUUACUGAGGCUUGAGCUCACACCAGCAGAGCUUUACUGAGGCUUGAGCUCACACCAGCAGAGCUUUACUGAGUCUUGAGCUCACACCAGCAGAGCUUUACUGAGUCUUGAGCUCACACCAGCAGAGCUUUACUGAGGCUUGAGCUCACACCAGCAGAGCUUUACUGAGGCUUGAGCUCAUUGUGAAUAAAAUAUAUAUACGUGAAUAAAAUAUAUAAAGUCAA